AUGCCUUUCAUUCCUAUCCCUGAGCCCGGGUUUUACGAGCACGUCAUCAACAGACCCCCGCCCACCGUCGUCCAUUUCUGGGACUCAGCAGCAGGUCCACCUACCCAAGAAUUCCAAAUCUUGGAGUCGGGAAACCACCCUGCUAGCGAUCGUGAGACAUUCGGGGUUGAUGUUUCCCAAUUCCCUGUUCCAAACGCCCCGAGCGACGUGCCUGUGACGAUCCUCUUCAGUGGAGGCCAACAGUUGGACACUGCCAACGGUGGAGAUAUUGGCAAAUUCUUCCAUCUUCUUGAGCAAGCUGAGUGA